AUGAGCGACAUUCGCGAAGAUGAAGGCUCAGGGUCCAUUGACCCCAAGUCUGACCCUCAAUACAUCCAAUUUAAAUGCCUGCCGCCAGGCGGUGCGUUGAACCGAUGGUCCCAUAUGAUUACAAGAGAACAUGACUUCCCCGGAGCUCAGGCUAUGCUUUAUGGCUCGGGAGUGCCUAACGAGCAGAUGAUGAAACACGCUCCUCAGAUUGGAGUUGCCACUGUCUGGUGGGAGGGCAACCCAUGUAAUACACAUCUGCUCGAUUUUGGUAAAAUAGUUAAAAAGUCCAUAGAGAAGCAAAAGAUGCUAGCAUGGCAGUAUAAUGCCGUAGGCGUCUCGGAUGCUAUUACCAUGGGAGGCGAAGGAAUGCGAUUUUCUCUGCAGUCUCGUGAUCUCAUCGCUGACAGUAUUGAGACCGUUACGUGUGCUCAACACCACGAUGCCAACAUUGCCAUACCAGGCUGUGAUAAAAAUAUGCCAGGCGUCGUUAUGGCCGCCGCGCGACACAACCGACCCUUCAUCAUGAUCUACGGCGGUACGAUCCGCAAAGGUCACUCAAACCUCCUGGAAAAGGAGAUCAACAUUAGCACGUGCUAUGAAGCUUCUGGAGCCUACGCAUACGACCGUUUACAUGCCAAGACAGAUCCUGGUAGUCAAGGCCGCACGCCCAGCGAUGUCAUGACCGAUAUCGAGCGACACGCCUGCCCCGGAGCAGGCGCUUGUGGAGGCAUGUACACAGCCAACACGAUGGCUACGGCUAUCGAGGCCAUGGGAUUGACGCUUCCGGGGUCUUCGUCUUAUCCAGCACUCUCCCCUGAGAAGGCCCGGGAGUGUGAACGUGCGGGAGAAGUCAUCAGGACAACCAUGGAGAAGGACAUUCGACCGCGAGACCUUAUCACUAAGGAGUCCUUUGAGAACGCGCUAGUUAUAACCAUGAUACUUGGAGGCUCAACAAACGGAGUGCUGCACUUCCUCGCUAUCGCAAACACGGCCGAAGUGCCUCUAAGCCUGGAUGAUAUCCAGAGGGUCAGCGACAAGACGCCAUUCUUGGCUGAUCUUGCCCCAAGUGGGAAGUACUACAUGGAGGACUUGUACAAGAUUGGAGGAACUCCAUCCGUUUUGAAAAUGUUGAUUGCCGCCGGUCUUAUCAAUGGCAACAUCCCUACUGUGACUGGCCGUACUUUGGCCGAGAAUGUUGCCGACUGGCCCAGUCUUCCACCAGACCAGAAACUGAUACGUCCCCUGUCAGAUCCGAUUAAGGAGUCGGGCCACAUCCGGAUCCUGCGCGGAAACUUCGCGCCCGAGGGAGCAGUCGCCAAAAUCACCGGCAAAGAAGGCCUCAGCUUUACGGGGAAGGCGCGCGUGUUCAAUAAGGAGAACGAGCUGAACAUGGCCCUCAACCGCGGCGAGAUUCCCCGAGGUGAGAAUCUGGUCCUGAUCGUUCGCUAUGAAGGUCCUCGUGGCGGCCCCGGCAUGCCCGAGCAGCUUAAAGCGUCUGCGGCUAUCAUGGGCGCUGGGCUGAACAACAUAGCCCUGGUGACAGACGGCAGAUACAGUGGCGCCAGUCAUGGCUUCAUUGUUGGCCAUGUCACCCCGGAAGCAGCUCGAGGUGGCCCGAUUGCACUGGUCCGUGAUGGGGACACGAUCCUUAUCGAUGCAGUUCAAAACCGCAUUGAUAUUGUCAAUGUCACCGUUGAAGAGCUUGAAGAGCGUAGAAAGGAUUGGAAGCCGCCGGUUCCAAGGGCCAGACGAGGUGUUUUGGCAAAAUACGCACGUCUGGUCGGCGAUGCCAGCCACGGCGCUGUCACUGAUCAGUGGGAGGACGACGUAGCAGCACCUAAGUAG